AUGCGCUUCUCAGCCGCUACUCUCCUAGUUACCGCGCUGGGCUGGUUCUCCGCUGCGACCGCACACACCAUCCAGCUCAAGUCUCACUCCCGGGAAUGCUUCCACGAGUCCUUACACCGCGAUGACUUGAUGACCGUGACCUUCCAAGUUGGCGACCGCGAGUUCGGUGGCAGCGGUAACCUCGAGAUUGACUUCUGGGUCGAGGAUCCCCUGAGAAACCGCAUGUACUACAAGCAAGCCAUCUCCAACGAAGACUACUCGUUCACCGCACAAGGCGACGGAAAGUACACCUACUGCUUCAGCAACGAAGGAUGGACAUCCAACUCGAAGGAAGUUUCGUUCAACGUUCACGGUAUUGUCUACGUGCCGGAGUCGGAGAUGACACAGGAUCCAUUGGAGAACGAGGUCCGUCGGUUGUCUGAGGCUGUCGCACAGGUUAGGGAUGAACAGGGGUAUAUUGUUAUGCGUGAGCGUGUGCACCGGAACACUGCUGAGAGCACCAACGGUCGUGUCAAGUGGUGGAGUAUCUUCCAGCUGGCUGUGGUUAUUGGUGAGGGUGUUUUCCAAGUGUGGUGGUUGAAGCGUUUCUUCGAGGUCAAGCGCGUUGUCUAA